UUCACGCACUCUCUGUUAACUUGAAAACAUUUUAUCCAAAAUUAUAAAAUUAAUUUAACGAUUCACGCACUCUCCAGAUUUUUCUUCUUCCAACACUCGUUUUUCCCUCAAAAUUUUCCCCAUCAUCCUUCAUUUUCUCGCCAACCAAACAAACCCGCGCACGGGAUAGAGAUAGAAAGGAUAGAAAGAUCAGACUGUGUGUUUUGGUUUCUGUAAAAGGCGAUGGCUUGGAGACGCGUAAUCUCUCAGGUAUCUAGACAGCAAUCAGAACUGGGACAAAUUAAAAACUUGUUUACCCAAUCUCAUCUCUCUGGAGGUAAUAGGAUUUUGACUGGCCAACAGAGGUUUAGGUCGAGCUAUGCAGUUAAUUUAUCUCGCAGAGUCCGAGAUGCCGACGAAGCUAGCGAAGCUGCUAGUCUUAGAGAACUUUAUCAUAGAAAUGAUCCUGAGGCAGUGAUAAGACUAUUCGAAAGUCGGCCAUCAUUACACUCCAAUCCAUCUGCACUUUCGGAAUAUGUUAAAGCGUUAAUUAAAGUUGACAGGCUUGAUGAAAGUGAGUUACUUAAGACAUUACAAAAAGGUAUCUCCAAUUCAGCAGUUGAGGAAGAGAGUAAAAGUGGCCUUUCAGUUUUCCAAAAUGUGGGGAAAUCGACAAAACAUGGUGUACUAGGAACUGCUGGUGCUCCUAUCCACACGGUGACUGCAGAAGCAGGAAAUUUUAAAGAUCAGUUGUGGCGUACUGUUCGUAGUAUUGCACUUGGCUUCUUGUUGAUUUCUGGUGUUGGAGCACUUAUUGAGGAUAGAGGGAUUAGUAAAGGACUUGGUCUACAUGAAGAGGUGCAAGUUGUGGAAUCUAACACAAAAUUUAAUGAUGUCAAAGGUGUUGAUGAGGCAAAGGCAGAGUUAGAAGAAAUCGUCCACUACCUUCAAGAUCCUAAGCGCUUCACUCGUCUUGGUGGUAAGCUUCCAAAAGGAGUCUUGCUUGUUGGUCCACCUGGUAAUGGGAAAACAAUGUUAGCAAGAGCUAUUGCUGGAGAGGCUGGGGUACCUUUCUUCUCCUGCAGUGGCAGUGAGUUUGAAGAGAUGUUUGUUGGAGUUGGAGCGCGAAGAGUAAGAGAUCUUUUUGCUGCUGCAAAGAAACGAUCACCAUGUAUUAUAUUUAUCGAUGAGAUAGAUGCCAUAGGUGGAAGCCGUAAUCCAAAGGACCAACAGUACAUGAGAAUGACUUUGAAUCAGUUGCUUGUUGAAUUGGAUGGAUUUAAACAGAAUGAAGGAAUUAUUCUAAUUGCAGCAACUAAUUUUCCAGAAUCAUUGGAUAAGGCGCUGGUCAGACCUGGAAGAUUUGACCGCCGCAUUAUUAUUCCUUUUCCAGAUGUUGAAGGGCGGAGACAGAUUCUGGAAUCUCACAUGUCAAAGGUGUUGAAGGGAGAUGAUGUUGAUUUGAUGAUCGUUGCUAGAGGUACUCCUGGAUUCUCUGGUGCUGAUCUUGCAAAUCUGGUCAACGUUGCUGCAGUGAAUGCUGCAAUGCAUGGUGCUAAACAAGUGACAAUGGCUGAUCUGGAGUACGCAAAGGACAAAAUCAUAUUGGGAAGUGAACGUAAGUCGGCAGUCAUUUCUGAAGAGUCGCGAAAACUGACUGCUUUCCAUGAGGCUGGCCAUGCCCUUGUUGCCAUCCAUACGGAUGGGGCCCUUCCUGUUCACAAAGCAACAAUAGUCCCUCGAGGGAUGGCUCUUGGUAUGGUGUCCCAGUUGCCUGACGUGGAUCAAACAAGCUUCUCCCGAAAACAGAUGCUUGCGAGGCUUGAUGUUGCCUUGGGUGGGUGGGUUGCAGAAGAACUCAUUUUUGGAGAAAAUGAAGUUACUUCCGGUCCUGGAUCUGAUCUUGAGAAUGCAACUAAACUAGCCAGAUCUAUGGUUACGAAGUAUGGAAUGAGUAAAGAAGUGGGACUCGCUACACAUUCUUAUAACGACGAUGGUCAGAGCCUGAGCUCCGAGACAAGACAUCUUAUAGAGAAAGAAGUAAAGUAUUUGUUGGAAAAGGCAUAUAACAAUGCAAAAACAAUCCUCACCACCUACAGCAAAGAACAUCAUGCACUCGCUAAUUCAUUGCUUGAGCACGAGACACUCACAGGAGCUGAGAUUAAGGCUUUGCUUGCACAGGUCAACUCUCAGCAGCAGCAACAAGAACAGCCUCAAGAGAUGAUUGUAUCACAGAAUGAACCUCAGUCGAAACCAGUGCCUCCAAGUUCAAGUCCAGCUGCAUCUGCCUCCGCUGCAGCAGCUGCGGCGGCUGCUGCAACCGCAACCGCCGCAGCUAAAGCCAAAGGUGUUGCUCCGGUAGGACCUUAGCAUGCAAGGGCUCUGGGUUGGGGCACUUGUAUGGUUGUUAUUUCUCGAAUUGAAUGUACACAUAAAUAUUCUCGAUCCUGUUUGAGUUACUAGCUUUGCAUGAUUGGUGCCACUGGCCACUGGGUUUAUUUGUGUAUAACCUUGUGUCUGAUUUGACUGAAAGAUGUAGUUGAAGUUGAAGAAUUACCCGGGAGCUGCAUUAUCACGGUAAGUUAAAUUAACGUGGAGUAUU